UGCUCGCGAUCACUUGGGUCGGAGAAGCUCGAUCAGCUCUCCAGAAACGAAACUGCGUCGCGCUCGCCUUAUCCACCAGUGAAUAAAUAUACCCAGAAAUACUAUAUAAAACAAACGAACUGGCCAGCGCCCAUCCGCCAAUAAGGAUACUCUUUUCCCUUAAAAAAUAAUAACACAAAAUAAAAAGCUAAGCGGCAACGACCAUCGCUACGACCAUUCAACCGUUCGUUCGUUCAGUAAAGCCCACGCAAAGCGACAUAAAAAUCGCAAACACAAAUCGUGAUAAAUUUUCGCUAAAUUGUGCAAACGUUUUUCGAUGAUUUUGUCGUGUUGACUAAUUAAAAUUUGACGUGCAUACCGAAACAAAACUCCAACUUCGACAGCCCUCGAAAGCGAAAAAAGCCAGUAACUUUUCGCGACGACACUUGGCAAGUGAAAUAAAUAACAUACAUAUAGGUAAUUUGUGUGUGCCGAACGAGAUAUACAAUAUUAAAAUAACAAAUAACUAAAUGCAAACACAAUAAAUAAGUGUAAUUAGAACUGCGCAAAAUACUGAGAACUGCAAAAAAAGAGCGAGCUCACUGAGAAUAUACAGAGAGAGAGAGAGAGAGUACACCCCACCAACGCACGAGGAAUGCUGUUAUGAGCUAAAGUCCAUUUACAAUUGCCUAAAGUUAAAUGGAAAAUGCGCAGAGCUCAAACAGUUCGAUGAGACUGUCGCUCACUUAGGGUUGCGAUUCUUCAGAAGAUUCUUCGCGAAGAAGCCCCAACGACAGGAGAGAGAAUAGCAAAGACAGAGCGAGACCACAUACAGGAAGUUCAGCAGGGAUCAACAAGGAUAUACAUACCCCCGCCAAGAUGCAAUUGCCCCAGCAAAGUGGAGCGACGAACGGAGGACCGAGGGUCAGCUUCAAUCGGGAUGUGCACGUGAAGCGGAUAGGCAAGCGUCCCAGUGAAUACGAGCCACCGGCUAACCUGCAGAGUUACCACCAGCUCCCGCCGGACAUCGAUCCCGCGGACAUUCGCAAAGAGGCUGCCUUGGUGAUCGCCCAGGCGGGCCGGCACCACAGCAAGGCCGAGAACGGCGACCAAAUACCCAACUUCCGGAGCAAGCAGCGGCGCCAGAGCCAGCCCAGUGACUUCCAUUCUCUGCCGACGCGCCGAAAGAAGGGCAAGCCGGUCGCCCGCAGUGCCAGUGACGCCUCCACCAAGAAGCCGGCGGUCAAGCGUCCCUCGAUCUUUGGUCUCUUUAGCCGCAAGAGUGAUCCCCAAUUGGACAGGGAUCCCAGGUUUGAGGACGGCGGCGCCAGACGACUAGUGCGCAGCAAGAGUGAUGUGGGCAGCAGCAAGAUAGCAAGGAAAUUGGAGGAAAAGGCACACGGCAACCAGUCCCAGUCCAAGCAGCAGCUGAGUCCUAUUAUAGAGCAGGCACAGCGCGAGGACUUCUUCGAGAAGGACUAUUUCCGAGAGCGGGAGCGCCGCAAGUCAGACGCCGUCACGCCGCGCGAGAAGAAUGAGAGCGGUCGCGGCCUGAACGAGCUGCUGGCCAGAAGUCGCUCCCAGGCGGAGCUAGACGGACCCCUGAUCUCGAGCGGACCAGGACAGGGUACAGGAACAGGAACAGGACCCUCUAUUUCGGCGGGAAUCCGCGACCGAAUCGAGACACUGCAGGCAAAGUCCGGUGAGAAUAUGCACAGUUCCCAGCAGCCGGCGGAGCGCCUGCCACUGACCAAGGGCCGCACCGUGGACGGCCUGGUCAAGCGCUUGUCCAUGGAGCGCUUCUCCCCGCAGCCGGUGAUUAGCCAACCGGCCUUCUCGUACAUACGGCCCAAUGAGGGCAUCACCUACGCCCAGCUGGAUCUGGGCGAGGAGCAGGUCCGGCGCUCGCCCCUGGACCGCGACGUGCGCACUCCGCAGCGGGAGUUCGCCCCGGCCAGGCCUCCGCGGGCCAGCGAUGUCAGACCCAGUUAUUCGCCGACAUCAAAUGGCGUUCCACUGGCCAGCAGCCGGCCCAGUCACUCGCCGUCGCCGUGGCAGCAGCUAAGUCCCCGGAAUCUGAGCGACGAGGACGAGGGUCUGGGCUAUGAACCCCGGAAGGUGUACUACGAUGACGAGUUUUCGCGGCGGGCAGAACCGCCCAUUGUUCCGGUCAUACGGAGCGUGAGUCCCUCCCCAUACCUAGAUGAGCUGGGCUACCGCAGAGCCCAGCUGGAGACCCGCAUCCUCACCAGACGCUUCGGCGAGGGAGCCACUUUGGAGAGGAACCGAGAGGUGGGCAGACCCACUCCCGAGCGUGAGCCAGAGCGCUUCCAUCGCCCAGUUCGCCAGGAGCUGUCCAGCGAGUAUCCGCCUGAGCGCUCCCAGGUGGACAGCGGCUCCACGCUGCCCCGCAUGGAGAAGACCUCACGUUACCGUCACACCAAGUACUACGACGACGGACUAGGAGGUGUAAAGGAGACCUACGUGCGGGAGACUCAACGGGAUGGCCAGGUGCGGGAGUCGCGACAUCGCGAACGCAUCGGGGAAAGGGAACGGGACUACAACUCGGCGGAUCGACUGGAGCACGAGCCCAAGAGCCUGGACUCGCAGCUGACGGACCAGUACCGAUCCUCGCCGGAGCUACGCGCCCAGCAGACGCUGCAGCGGGAGGCGCGGGAGCCGCAGGACUACUGGCAGAGCAGCCUCAAGCGGGACAAGCUGCAGCAGCGCAGCUUCGACAAGGGUGACUCGGGCAUAGAGAACGACUUCCGCAAGGAGUCAUUCAACGGAGACUUGACCACAAAAUGGCGCAAACGCACUGUUCAUGAUGACAUUCGCGCCUGCGAUUCCUUUCUGCGCAAGGAGCGGCGGGACAGUGCCCAGCAACGCCAGAUCCAGCGUCAGGCGGUGCCAUCUCGACUGCGCCGCGAGCACAGCUACGUCUACAGGGAACGCUCCAUCGACGACGGCUCCCACUUUGAUCCGCACCUGGACAAGUAUCCGGUGGCCACCAGCACACUGCGUCGUCGCGAGCAGCACUCUCAGUCACAGUCCCAGUCCCAGACCCCGAACCGCGAGGAGUCCAGCACUCUGAAGCGGAACAAGAAGCUGGGUGGCUUCGAGAAAGUCAAGCAGUUGUUCACGAGUUCAGCUGGUGGGGCCGGUAGCCAUGGCGGCAGUGGUCGAAGCAGUGGCAGCAACGUGUCCAGCGGCAAAAAGGAUCGGAUGAGCAAUGGGAAUAGCAGCACGCUGAGUCGUCGCGACAAGGAGAAGGAGAAGGAGCGGGAACGGGAGCGCUACAUGGUCAGAGAGGAGGAGAUGCGGUCGCGGUAUCGCGAGCAUCACACCGAGGAGGCCUUACGCGAACCAAAGACUAUCGAUAUCUCGAUGCGACGCCGAUUGUCCACGCCCAAAGCUAGUCCCCUGCUGGUGAAGCGGAGUCCCGCUGACAAGCCGCCCAAGAAGCAGCCCAAGGCCAAGGAGGCGGCGCCGGCCAAGGUCGAGAAAACGAGCUGGUUCAGAUCGCUGGACCGCCGGGCCAAGAGCAGUCCCAAGGAGCUCAAUGUAUCCGUCAAUGGACACAGUGAGACCACUUCCAGCCUGAAGAGGACCAAACGCAACACGACCGCAGCGCCGGCCAAGAAUCUGCGCUUCUUUGGCGACACAGAUUUGGACUCGAAUCCGCCAACCAUUUCCAAGGCCACCAGCAUGCCCAGGAGUCGUCCCUCCCUGGGCCAGUCAAAGCAUUCGCAGAGUGCCUAUCACCUGGAUCGCAGUCCGCCGCCACUGGCCCGCGACUAUCGCCACACGCUCGCCGGUCAGGCUGCGACAUCGCAGGUCCAGAGCCAGAGUCACAGCAACGGCAACAGCAGUCGGCAGAGGGCCAGCUCCAUGCAGCACCUGGACAAUGGACAUGGCAGCGACGAAGUGGACUUCCGCAAGCGGCGCCACUACUCGCGUUCCCGGGAGCUGCACGACAUCUCCGAGAGCGGCUCAGAGCCGGAGCCGGCGGAGCGACACAAGAGGAGCAGCACGGCGGGCCAGCGAGCCAUGUCGCUGGAAAGAUCGGUGGAUGGACCACGUAGAUCCGAGGAUCGUCCCUUGCUGCUGGGACCUCCGAAGCCGGCCCGCAGUGCCGAGCGACGGGGGCUGCUUAACAGCUUGGGUCAAGAGAACCUGGGCUUUGGCAGGGAUCGCUAUCCGGCGGAGAGUUCCGGCACUGAGGGCGAGUCGAGCCUCCACAGCCAGCGCAGCGUGGUUUAUCUGCAUGCCACCACGGUGGGUGACAUCCCACAGCCAUAUAACCUGCGUCGGCGCUCAAUGUCGCGCGAUGACCUUCGCCGGGUCAAGGGCAAUCAGUCACCCCCGCAGCCACCGCCACUGCAGCCGAUGACCCGGACAGUGUCCCGGUCCGUCUCCAUGCUGGCUCCCUGGAAGCCCAAGCACAUCAGCGAGGGCUACGAGAUCAACUACUCACAGGAGCAAAACAAGAGGAUGUCAACACUGCCGCGCAAGCCUCCACCACACAAUGGAGCCACCAGUGCCAGUACCCUAAGCCGGCUGGGCAGGAAGAACGAGGCGUCAGGGCGACGCUACCACAUGGACAGCUUGGAUCGGCCACCGCCACCGCGGUCUGUGCUCUCCGCAUCGAAUUUACGCAGCGCCAAGACAAAGUGAGAGACCCAGGACAGAAUCGGAACCUGGACAGGACUCACCGGUGCUCCAAGUGUGGAGGUCUCGACCCCCUGCCCUCCAACCACACAUAGUUGCUAGUUGUAAUCCUUAAUGCGAACUCGAUCGAAACGUACUUCUAAUCACUUCACACGAUGGAGGCAGCAGCACCCGCAUCCCGCUGAGAUGGGAGGCGAGGCGCGAUGCCUUCGCUUAGCUGCGUAGGAAUCCUUUAACCUUUGUUGCAAUUCUCGUCAUAUUUUUUAAAUGUGAAAUGUAUUCGUACUCCAGUAAUAAUUAUAAAAUAAUAAAAUAUCAGACUUUAACUUAAA